AUGACUUACGGGGCUAGCCGACGAGUCAAGGGCCGACUGCUUUCAGUGAUUCAGGGAGAGAUCAGCGGAACCACCCCGAUCGGUCUCCAUAGUCCACGACCCCGAACUGCGAGUGCUCCACCUGAAAUCCGUGCCACCUCAGAUUCGUGGAGUGAUGCCUUUAAUCGUCUCUACGUUUGCAAUGGCAAAUAUAUUUGUUGA